UGGUGGUUCCGGUAUUUCGUCGAAUGUCGAAGAACGACAAAAAAUUGAAUUUUACUAUUUGUAAUAAAUAAUACAGAGACAAACGCCCGCUAACAGCACUUAAAGUAAUCAUAUAAUAUGGAAGUAACUGAUGAUAAUUUGGCUACCUUAGCUAACUAUUUGCAGCAGACGCUUAAUCCUGACCCAAACGUUAGAAGACCGGCUGAAAAGUUUUUGGAAGGUGUUGAAGUGAACCAGAACUAUGGAAUCCUUCUGUUGCACCUUAUGGACAAAGAGUCUGCAGAUCCCACCAUCAGGGUCGCUGCCUCCAUCACAUUUAAAAAUUAUAUCAAGAGAAACUGGCCAGUGGAAGAAGAUGGAGUAGAUCGCAUCCAUGCCUCAGAUCGUGUUACCAUUAAGUCACUGAUUGUGUCGCUGAUGCUGAAGUCACCAGAGUCCGUCCAGAGGCAGCUCAGCGAUGCUGUGUCCAUCAUUGGCAAGUCAGACUUCCCUGAGAAGUGGCCGGGCCUCAUCAGUGAAAUGGUGGAGAAGUUUGGAACAGGUGAUUUCCACGUAAUAAACGGCGUGCUACGAACUGCACAUUCACUGUUCAAGAGGUACCGCUAUGAGUUCAAAUCGCAAAAGCUGUGGGAGGAGAUCAAGCAUGUCCUUGAGAACAUUGCUAAACCACUCACUGACCUUUUUGUGGCUACAAUAGAACUAACAAACACACAUGCGAACAACCCUCAAGCUCUGAAGGUCAUAUACGGCUCCCUGGUGCUCAUUUGCAAGGUGUUCUACUCCCUGAACUGUCAGGACUUGCCCGAGUUCUUUGAGGACAACAUGCCAAUAUGGAUGCCCAACCUACUCAAUUUGCUACAAGUCAAAGUUCCCUCCUUGGAGACAGAUGAUUCGGAUGACAAGCCGGGAGUGCUGGAGCAGCUGCGCACAGAGGUGUGCGAGUGCGCCGCGCUGUACGCGCUCAAGUACGAGGAGGAGUUCGCGCCGCACGCGCCCGCCUUCGUGUCCGCCGCCUGGCACGUGUUGCUCGGCACCGGCGCCAUGCCCAAGUACGACUCGUUGGCUUCAAAUGCUUUGAACUUCCUGUCAAAAGUUGCUGAGAAAAAUAACUAUAAGAGCUUGUUUGAAGACCCGGCUACGCUGAGCAGUAUUUGCGAAAAAGUUGUUAUACCCAAUAUGAAAAUCAGAGAGUCCGACAUGGAACUGUUCGAAGACAACCCCGAGGAGUACGUCCGACGGGACAUCGAGGGCUCGGACGUGGACACGCGCCGGCGCGCCGCCUGCGACCUCGUGCGCACGCUGGCGCUGCACUACGAGGACAAGAUGAUGAGCAUCUUCGGCCAGUACGUCGAGAUGAUGCUGAACAACUACUCUACGAGCGGCGGCAGCGAAUGGGUGGGCAAGGACACGGCGCUGUUCCUGGUGACGUCCCUGGCGUCGCGCGGCGGCACGCAGGCGGCGGGCGUCACGCGCGCCUCGCCGCUGGUCGACCUCGCCUCCUUCGCUGCUAACCACGUGCUGCCUGAGCUGCAGAGGCCCAACGUGACCGAACUGCCUGUGUUAAAGGCUGAUGCCAUCAAAUACAUCAUGACGUUCCGCUCACUGCUGCCCAAAGAGAUCAUCGUCACUGCUUUCCCGCUAUUGAUCCAGCACAUCACCGGUCGUGGUGUGGUAUGCACGUAUGGAGCGUGCGCGGUCGAGAAGUUAAUAGCGGGCGGGAUGGUGACUCGCGCGGAGCUCGAGCCGCAUGCGCCCGCGUUGUUGGCAGCGCUGUUUGCGACGUUGGGCGCGCAGGACAACCCCAGCGAGCACAACGAGUAUGUCAUGAAGGCCGUGCUGCGCACGCUGGCGGUGCUGCGCGAGGCGGCGCUGCCGUACGUCGGCGAGGCGCUGCCCAAGCUGGCCGGCAUGCUGGCCGUGGUGGCCAAGAACCCGUGCAAGCCGCACUUCAACCACUACCUGUUCGAGAGCCUGUCGCUCGCUGUACAAUUAGUAGUGAAAUCAAACCCAAAUGCCAUAACAGCGUUCGAAGAUGCCCUGUUUCCGAUAUUCCAGGAAAUUUUGCAAAAUGAUGUACAAGAGUUCAUGCCAUACGUGUUCCAAAUGCUGUCACUAUUGCUGGAGAUGCGCGGCGGCGGGGCGGGCGGCGCGGGGGACGCGAGCGCGGAGGCGUACGCCGCGCUGCUGCCGUGUCUCGUGGCCCCGCCGCUGUGGGAGCGCACGGCCAACGUGCGCCCGCUCGUGCGCUUGCUAUGCGCGUUCGUGGCCACGCGUUCCGACCGAGUGCUCGCCGACGGGAAACUGAAUGCAAUGCUCGGAGUGUUCCAGAAAUUGAUUGCUUCGAAGACAAACGAUCACGAAGGAUUUUAUCUCAUCCAGACCAUAUUGUUUAAAUUUGGCGAGUCGGUGAUGCAGCCGUACACGAAGCAGAUAAUAACGCUGCUGUUCCAGCGGCUGUCGUCGUCCAAGACCACGAAGUACAUCCGCGGCCUCAUCGCCUUCCUCGGCUUCUUCGCGGCGCACUACGGCGCCGACGCGCUCGUCGACAUCGUCGACUCUGUGCAAGCCAACAUGUUCGCGAUGUACGUGGAGCGCGUGCUGGUGCCGGACGUGCAGAAGGUGUCGGGCGCGCUGGAGCGCAAGGCGGCCGCCGUCGGCUGCGUCAGGCUGCUGUGCCACAGCGCGCACUUCCGCGACGGCGCGCUGGCCCGCCUGUGGACGCCCGUGCUGCAGGCGCUGAUCGCGCUGUUCGAGCUGCCGGCGGACGAGAGCACGCUGCCGGAGGACCACUUCAUCGAGGUGGACGACACGCCCGGCUACCAGCCGCAGUACGCGCAGCUCGCGUGCGCCAGGGGCAGCGCCAGCGACCCGCUCGCCGGUGUGGAGGACCCGAAGCGCUACCUGGUGGAGAGCCUGGCGAGCAUGUCGCGCGCGCACCCCGGCGUGCUGCCGCCGCGCGUGGCCGCGCUGGACGAGCCGCACCGGAACGCGCUGCACAACUACCUGGCCGCCUACAGCGUGCAGCUUUGCUGAACACUGCCCAUACACGCGAUAGACCGUGACACGUGCACUGUGGGUGACACACUUUUAUUUGAUACCUCUACAUCAUUAACAACCCAUAUUCAGCUCAGUGCUUAGCACGAGUCUCCUCUCAGAAUGAGAGGGCUUAGGCCAAUAGUCCACCACACUGGCCCAAUGCGGAUUGGCAGACUUCACACACAUAGAAAAUAAAGAAAAUGAAUUUAAAACGACACUACCACAAAAGAGACGUCAUUCAAGGAGAUUUUUUUUAUCUUCAAUGUUCGUAUUAGGAUAUGAACUUCCUGUGCUGGAUUGUCGUGUCCUGUUUAAAAAAAUACCGCAGAUUUCUAUAGAAAUAGUUAAGUGGCUAAGCAGGUCCCAACUAUUUGGAACUGAAAUAAGGUGUCUACUUAUGUACGUACGAACAAAACCCUAAAAACAAUGGCCUAUGGGAAACCACUUUAAUUUUAAUAACAAGCAAGUGUGUGUUGAGGUGUCAAAUAAAAAUGAUUUAUAUACAGACCUUUUUUUGCAUCAAACUUUUGAUUCUUAUGUAAACAAAAUUCAAAAAUAUCAAUAUCUAUACAGUAGGCUUGACUCAAGUCCGAGAUAUCACUUACGAGUUAAAGUGGAAAAGGGAUUCAGAACGGGCAUGUUAACCUUUAUAAAAAUUCAAACCCUUGUGAAGUUUAAAAAUAUGACUUAUUAUAUUUAAAAUACCAGGGCCUCUUGCCAAGUUACAUAUUGAUUCUCUUUCUAGAAUCAGUUUCAAAAAACGUUGUAAACGUUUUGAAAAAAAAACAAGUUUGGUAGACCACACGAUGAAAGUGAAACUUCUUUCAAAAUUAAAAAGCAAAGUGCCAUCUAUGAGCCUCAGGCGUAACUGCAUAGCAAAAAGUUCUCCAUACGUACAAAAAGGUAUUCGUUUUCAAGUUCUUUAUGAACGCCAUCUAUUAAUAGUUUAAAAUAACUAACACUAAAUGGCAUAGUGAUGCUUCUAGAUGACAGAAGGCAUCACCCAAUUACACUUUUUGUAACGCACUUUUCAAGUUAAGCGAUUAAAGAAGUUUUACUUCAAAAAUAUAUGGAAAUUACCUGUCUGAUCUGACAUUCCCAGAUAUUUUUAAAUUUUUGAAAUAUUUCGAAGCGAAAGAGAAUCGAUAUUACAUGGCUAGGGGCCUAGGCGUUUCAAAUGUAUAGUGAUUAAAUGUCACAUUAGCUGUUAAUAUCUUACUUAUGUUUUCUUUAUUUGUAAUUGUAUGUAUUUCUCAAUGUAUGUAAAUAUUAACGUAUGGAAGGACUGAGUAACAUUAAUGAUAAGAGAACAUAGGUGUAACUGUAAAAAUGAAAAAAAAUGUGAUAGCAAUCCUAAGGCUGCUUACACACUGUCUACUGUUGUUGGAGUCAGCAUACAAUACUUUAUGAUGUAUAUGUCCGCUACUUUCCUCACAUAAUGUAUCACAUUGUAUCAAAAGUUUUUUUUGAUUUUGAUUUUUAUUGAAGUUACCUGAAAACGAAUAAUAUUAGACGACUGGUCUUACAUUAUGUCGACCAACUCUAAAUAAUUUUAUCUAGAGUUUCACGAACUUCAUUAUUUCACAAAUACUAGUCGUUCCGCAGCAACUUACGAUUUCUUUCUUAAUUCUUUUUUCUCGUUUAAUCAAACAUCACAGCUAGAUAUUUGAAUUAAUAAAAUCUCAAGUACUUGUAAUAUAAAAGCAAGCGUUUCAACAGAACAUGUUUAUAUACUGUAACCAAAAUAAUGAUUAAAAAAGGCUAGUUGACACUUUUUUAUAAGGUCUUCUGGAUUGAAAUUAAAAUCAUAUUUUUUUAAGUGAUCAUUACAUGAAAAUUUUAAUUUUUAAAUAUUUAUUUGACAAUACAAGCCAAAACGCAUCGGCCAUGAUAUUUCAGCUGUUUCAAUCACGUCACGAAUCCUUCACCAAACGGAGCGUUUGAAAAAAAUAAUACUUAAUAAUUAGUUUGACGUUUAGUAGUUACAUAAAGAAACUUUGUGACGUCACAAAAUGGACGACAGCGUUUUUGACGUAUAAUUUGUUUACAUUCGAGUGACAGUAGUCAGUUUGUGAUCAGCCUAACAAAUAAUUAGGUAAUUUCUAACGCUGAGCGUUUCACUCCUUAACAAAUUGUUACGUUUAUUUAGUAUAGUUGUGUUGAUUGAUUGGAAAAAUAGUUUGAUUGUAAUUAAAAAAAUGGACUUAACACUGGAUGAAAUUGUAUUAUUUUUGUACUUGAAGAGAGAAAUGCGUAGUUUAUAAUGUAUAUUUUUUGUAAAUCCUGCAAGUAUUGGCUAUUUGUAAUGUAUCAAAAAUACAAGCGGAUAGUCGUGGGGUUAUGACGUAAUUAUUUUUGACAACAAUGUAACUGUCACUUUAUCUAAGAAACUGUCAUGUUGAUGUCAAAUGCUUAGCCUUGUCAUAUCUCCUUCCUUGAGACCAUGCGAGAAUUCUUAAAUUCAUGGUUUGGUAUUAUGAAAAGUUAAGAGUAAAAUAAGAAAUAUGGCAGUCUUGUGGUAUAAUUUUCAAUAUAAUUUUGGUAAUUGACCAAAAUCUCACAGCAUAACCCUUUGCUUUUAGAAUGUAUUAAACUCAUUAUUAUUUUCCUGUAUUGAAUGGUUGUAUGAUUAUGAAUUUGAUUUAUGGUCGCAGUCUCUAUUAUAAUAGAGAAUGGUUGAUUGUUUUGUGAAUAAAUAUUUCAUAAUUCUUU